AUGAGCUCGAUGUCCUCACCUUCUUUAGAUGCCAUAGCAGAUCCAAGGGAACGAGAAGCGCAUUUCGUCCAUGAUGUUUACAAUGAGAUAGCUCCGCACUUUUCGCAGACACGAUACAAACCGUGGCCAAUAGUUGAAGAAUUUCUCUUAUCCAGGGAAGAUCACUCCAUAGGUAUCGAUGUUGGAUGUGGCAAUGGAAAAUAUUUGGCAGUAAACCCUAAGCUAUGUAUAAUUGGCUCGGACAGAUCCAUAGGCUUGAUUGAGUGUGCGAAAAAAAUUUCAAAUAACAAGUACGAAGUUGCUUUAGCUGAUGGACUUAAUUUACCUCAUCCAAACGGUGUCUUUGACUUUGCGAUUUCGAUCGCGGUUAUUCACCAUUUCUCUACUAGAGAAAGGAGGAUCAAAGCUAUAGAAGAAAUCAUGUCUAAAAUCAAAACCAAUGGAGAGUUAUUAGUCUACUGUUGGGCACUUGAACAAGAGAAGUCGAGACGAGGUUACAAGUCGGGGGAUGAACAGGACGUACUCGUUCCAUGGGUAACACAAAAGAAGCUGAGUAAGGGCACUAACAAAUCUUCUCUGAGAGAUCAGUCGGACCAGGGUACAGGAGUUGAGGCGCCAGUGGUUGAGAAGAAUGUCAAUUACAGAUAUUACCAUCUUUAUAGACAGGGAGAGCUCGAGCAAGAUAUUGGAGAGGUCCCUGGUUGUGUUAUAAGCAAGGCCGGUUAUGAAAAAGAUAACUGGUGGGCAAUAGUUCGUAAAAAUAGCGAUUAG